AGCAAAGACACGUGUUCCUCCCAAAUCAGAAAAAUUAGAAUGAAAUUUUCCGACAACCUAAGUUCAGUGUUGCAGCCUCAACCAAUCGAAAACCUAAGUUCAGUGUCUUAGCCUUAACCAAUCGAAAACCUAAGCCAACCAUCGCGUGCAGCGAUCUCCGUCGCGCUGUCCCGUCUUCGUCGCGUCGUCCCAUCUCUGUCGUGCCCUUCCAUCUCCGUCGCGCCAUCACCGUAACGCCGUCGCGCCAUCUCCAUCACGCCGUUGCGCCAUCUCCGUCGGCGUUGUCUUCUUCGCUUCAUCUCAGUCGCGUUGUCUCUGUUUCCCCUUUCCGUCGUCGUGCCAUCUCUAGAGGUGAUUCGGACAUUGCUAUCGAAGGGUGCUGCCUCUAUUUCCUAUCCUGUUCAAGAAAAGAAUGGUGAUUCGUCCUUGGAGAAGGUUGGUUAGUGGUUGCUGCGGUUUGGCAUUGUUAAGCUGUUGAAGGAGCGUUGUUGGUCUUUGAAGAAGGAGAUACAUCGCUGCAGGUUAGGAAUGACAUAUAUAUAAAGAACCUAUAAUAAAAAGUGUACUCUUUAUUCUCCGAUUCUCUUUCUUCUCUAGUUCUCUUUCUUCUCUGGUUCUCUUCACAGAGUUUAUAAACCUCAUCUUGUCAGAAUCAAUUCUGCAACAGAGAGCAUAUAUUGAAGGCUCCACAGGUGGUUUCUUUUGUUUUCUGUCCUUCUUCUCUUGCUCUCACCCUGGAUGGUGCUAUCAAAGAAGCAAUCAAUACAUUAAGGAGCAAUAAUGUUAAUGCAUUUGUUUUGGACCUAAGAGAUAAUAGUGGUGGUCUUUUCCCAGAAGGAAUUGAGAUUGCCAAAAUUUGGUUGGACAUAGGAGUAAUUGUGUAUAUUUGUGAUAGUCGUGGUGUUCGAGAUAUACUUGAUACAGAUGGAAGUAGUGCACUGGCAACAUCAGAACCCUUGGCUGUACUGAAGCAUGGAGCAUUCUUUUUUUCAGCUUUUCUUUCAUCAGCUCCCCAAGUGAAGUCCUGUGUUCUUUCUUUGCUGCAGCAGUUGUUUCAGACAGUUCAAUAGCUGUUCCAAAGAGAUAUCCCUGGAGUGGACAAAUUGCAGCACCAUUUCCAUUUGGUUCUGCACCUUCUAUUGGCUUUCCACUGAGUGUUAUUAUCUGGAAUUUAUCGAGUAUCUCUUUGAAAGGUGCCAUACCUUGCUGUAUUGGUCGUCUCUCACAGUUGCAAAUUCUGUUUGAGGGUACUCACCCUUGGAUUUCACUUGGUUUUCCUGUUGUGCUCCCCCAUGCUGAAAGUGAUCAAGCUGCAGCCAUGCCAAAGGUGAAGCGUUUCCGAAAUCCACAAAAAUCAUCACUUCAGCCUCCAACUAAUUCUUUACCAUCAACAAAUCCUGCACCAACAAAUGAAACCUCAUCACACACUUCAAUGAGCACAACACCACCAAUAGAUUCCUCAUUACCCACUGAGAACUCACAGCAACCUGAAACAUCUACUAAACAUGCUCGACGUGAAUCUUCAUCAUAUUGGACUGUUCAUGCAAUAGACUUAGAAGGAGUUAUCAAGAAAAUUAAGGUGAAGGUCAGAGAAGUAAAUAACUUACCUCGUGGGGAACGCAUCAUUGUGGACUUUGAUGAGUUAGGCAUGGCAAUUGGUGAAGGACAAGGCGUGCUUGCAGGAUAUUGUGGUACAUUGGCAAUUGAUUGUAAUUUGUUUCCAAUUAAUUUUGAAAGAUGGUCUGGGAAAACAGGCAUGCCUGACACUUACUUUUUGGAAUGCUUUAAGGAAAUAUUACAGCCUCGGUUUUGUUUUAAGACUGGUGAAGCUAGUGCACAACGGUAUUGCAAACUAACUCUUGGUAGGAAGUGGGCUGCACAUAGGCAGAAUUUAUGGAAUGAGUUCUAUGAUCCAACAAAAAGCAAAAAUGAAAUCAUAAGUAAUGUGCCAAAUGGUAUAGACAGAACUCAGUGGGCUCAUUUUGUUACUUAUCGUCUAAAACCGGAAACAUUGGAGAUUUGUAAAAAAAAUAGAGAAAAUUGCAAAAAGCAAGUAAUUCCUCAUACUGGUGGUUCUAAACCUAUGUCAAGAAGAAGACAUGAGAUGUUUUUGGAAACUGGACAACUGCCUAGUCGGGGAAAGUUAUACAUUGAUACUCAUAAAAGAAAGGAUGGAUCAUUUGUAAAUGAUGCGGCAAAGGCUAUAUCGGAACAAAUUGAAGUGGGUUUGACUCAAAGCACUAAUGAUGAAUCAGAGGUUUCUCCUAAUGAUGUUGUUGGUAGAGUGUUAGGCCCAGAGCAUUCUGGGAGGGUGCGAUGCAUGGGUUUAGGAGCAGCUCCUACUAACUCAUUUAGAAAUACAAGAUUUCGACUUUCGGAUUUAAGCAAUGCUUCAUCUAGUGCUGCCACAUCAUCAACAUCUUCUGAUCAAUGGCAACAGAAGUACACUAAUUUAGAAUCCCAAAUUCAAACCACCUUGGGUGCACUAAAAGCCUACAUGAUAAUGAAGGAAGGAAAGAUCCCUGAUGAAUUAACUGCCUUCUUUGAUCCUCAACCACAACAAACUGGUGAUGCAAAUGAGCCCGAGUCUUCUAUGGGUACAAGAGGAUCAUCUGGUGGUAGCAACAUUUAGGGUGUUGAUGAUGUUUUUUAGGAUGAAACUAUUUUAGUGUGUUAUGAACUUUGAGUAAGUAUGGAUUAAGUUGUAAUUGUUUCAAUUUAAAUUGCUUUUAUGUUAAUAUGUUGAUUUCGAGAAUCAAAAGUUCUAAUGAUAUAUAUUUGAGCACUUUGGUUGAAGUAUUUGAUUGAAGUUUACAAAAAA